AUGGAGGACCCGCACCCCAAAGAGACCAUGGAGCAGCAGGCCUCGUCCAAGGAGAGGCGUCCGCGCAGUCCGGGAGGCGGCUUCUGCCACCUGGGGGCCCCACAGUGCACCCGCUGCCUCAUCACCUUUGCCAGUUCCAAGUUCCAAGAGCGUCACAUGAAGCGCGAGCACCCAGCGGACUUCGUAGCCCAGAAGCUGCAGGGGACACUCUUCAUCUGCUUCACCUGCGCCCGCUCCUUCCCCUCCUCCAGGGCCCUCAUCGCCCACCAGCGCAGCCACGGGCCAGCCACCAGGUCCUCCCUGCCCAUUACACCCACCGCUGCCCAGCCCACCUUCCCUUGUCCUGACUGUGGCAAGUCCUUCGGGCAGGUUGCUUCUCUGAGGCGGCACCGCCAGGCACACGAGGCCGGCGCGGGUCCUGGCCCCUUCGCCUGCACCGAGUGUGGCCAGGACUUUGCCCAGGAAGCUGGGCUGCAUCAACACUACAUCCGGCAUGCCCGGGGGGAGCUCUGA